AUGGCGUCCAACUCCUCGACUGCGGACGACCUGCAGGACUCUUCGGAUGUCUUGGCGCGAUUGUACGACGGCCUUCACCUCAAGUGUUUGCUGCAACACCCUAGCUUCAAUCACGAUCAUGCUCAAGCGGUAGUGGCUCAAACGUCUGACCACUCACGAACGGCACGCUCGGUCCGGCAACGAUUCCUAGACGAACUGUGCUACCUUUGUCAGUUCAGGCCUGCUGGCGAUUCCAUCGUCUCUAUUGCUGCGGAGCGACAAAAUCGCAGGGUUAUACUCAGGGUUUCGACCAACGAACGGGCAGUACAGCCAGUCAUACUUCACUUAUGUGCGCUACAACGGCUUCUUGAACCUCUUUGCUCCAGCGAUCCUGCUCAGAAUGAGAAGCUUCGGGACAAUACCCUCACCAGAAUAUUCAAGGCAUCCGUAAUUCAGAGUACGACGAGGGUACAGAACUACCACAGGCAGCUGAUAAAUGCCAUCCGCGAUAUGCGAGAACAAUAUGGCACAUUACGGGCGCCAGCGAGGCCUUCUGGCAUGAAUGCUCAGGACUGGCGUACAUUGGACAGCAUGUCAUGCAUCGACCUAAACGACGGGAAUACGAGGAAACGGAACUGUAUAGACCUUUGCGUCCUGGCCCACGAGAUUCGUAAAAGCGACAUCUGGAAUCAUCUCGAUCCCUCUGGAUCUGGCCCAUGUCGAGCUCGGGAGCGUGUUCGACACUACAUUGGCCGCCUCGACUCAUGGCGAAGAGCUGCAAGAUACGUAAUCAACACAGCAGCUGGGCCAUCCUCUCCACAAGCUCCCUUAAUCACAGCAGCCGUCUCCGCAACCCCAAGCCAACCGACAUUGCGAGGGCAAGAUGCGAUCGAUGUAGAUCCCGAUAUCGAUGGCUUGGUAUUAACAGUCUGUCCUAGAUAUCGUUCAGAUGAGAUUCGGCCUGCGGUUGUGAAGAAGCUCAACAACGCGAAAUCACUACACAAGAGGUUCGUCGAUGUCCGCCAGAUCCCGAUAGUGCAUGCCGAAGCGGCUAUGGCGUACUACUUCUGGGCAAACUCCAAGACUUUCGCGGACGGUGAGCUUGCCAUCGGCUGCAGUAAGCCCUCGUGCUUCUGCUGUGAUAUGUACCUCCGCAUACUCUUCGAUGGCAGACUCCUGCGACCCACUCAUGGGAAUGCCUGGUUUGCGUGGUAUCCGCCAAGCAGCCCUGUGGCAGGGUACAAAAGACACGAUGCUCGAACCGUAGAUAUCGUCAACCGUAUGGGCUCGGAGAUACAGUCCAAUGUCGAAAAGUGCAUUGACAAAGGUAUAUUUGGACGUGAUCGAAUGCAUGACUCAACGACCGGGACGACCGGGACAUCGGACUCAUGA